UUAUAACAUUUUGUAAAUAAGUGAUUUCUCUCCUUCACUGAUGUGCAGUAAUGAGGCUGUAGUGAUGAGCACUGAUAGGCUGCACUGAUGGACACUGAUAGGCGGCACUGAUUGGCAGCACUGAUAGGUGGCACUGAUUGGCAUUGAUAGGUGGCACUGACUGACACUGAUGGGUGACACUGAAAGGCAGCUCAUAUGGGCACUGAUAUGUGGCAUUGCUGUGCACUGGCAGGCACUGAUAUGUGGCAUUGAUGUGGCACUGAUGGGCACUGGCACGUGGCACUGUUCAGCACUGACAGCUGGCAUUGAUGGACACUGACAGGUGGC